UACCAAGUCACCCCGAAUUUGAGCAGCUGGCAGCCCUGAAACUCACAGUUCAUAUUAACUGGUAAAAUCGGGAAUAUUCAGCUAAUGAGGAGGUCGACUGAACUCAUGCACUAAUCCGCAAAACUAGCAGAACAUCGUUCCUCUCACCAACAGCUCGGCUCUGACUGUGUUUUUUCCUACUUGUUGAAUAGCACCACCGUUCCCACUGUGUGGAUUGCUCAGUGUUCAAGAUUCAGGAAGAUAACGAGAGGUGAGUGGCUGACGCAGAGCUUGUGUUAUGUUACCAAAGGAUCAUAAUAUCGGAGACGACAGGUUGGCUGAAACUAUAGCUGCCUUCAGACCGCUGUGACCUGAAGCAAAACAGGAACUGGGACUAAUAAAAGGAGUUUUAAAGAAGAUUUCCACAGCUGACAGACUACUUCCUGUUGUUUGAGGACGAGAGUUACCAUGGGUGAGAAGAUACAACAGUCGCUGCUGGUAAUUUUGCUGUGUUUGUCAGGGUUUGUUCCCCGUUCUGCUGCCUUUGUGUUUUGGACCGCCUUGGUGGAAACACGCUAUUUUCUCAGCAGUAAUGACAUCAUGCCAAAGUACUGUGAGUGUGGGUUGUAUGGCCGUAACUCUCCUCUGGAAAAAGCCUCAGGCAUUGUGAUGGUUCCCAAAGGAGAUCCCAUGGGCUGUGGCCCAGAAGCUGUCUACAGCCAGAACUCCAGCUCUGAACCGUGGAUCGCACUGGUGAAAAGGGGCAACUGCACCUUCAGCGAGAAGAUCAAUGCUGCCAAACGUCAGGGAGCAGCCGGGGUGGUGGUGUACAAUGUGGAUAGCAGUGGAAAUGGCAUCACUCAGAUGUCUCAUUCAGAAGCAGAUGAAACCGUUGCUAUCAUGAUUGGGAACAUUCAAGGCACAGAGAUCGCCAGGUCAGUGAAAAACGGGACUGUCAUCUAUAUGGUCAUUGAUGUGGGCAGUCCUCACGGGCCGUGGAUGGACACAUACUGGCUGUACUUUCUCUCUAUUGCCUUCUUCAUCGUCACAGCUGCCUCAAUUGCCUACUUAGUGUUCAUCUCUGCAAACCGUCUCUUCAGCCUAAGCAGACACAGGCGCACUGAGAAGAGGCUGAAAUCUGAGGCCAAAAAGGCCAUUGGGCGCCUUGAGGUGCACAAACUGAAACGAGGGGAUGAACUCACUUCCUCUGACUCUAUGGUCAAAGGAGCAGACGGGCCAGUUUAUUAAGCUCAGGGGUGAGAACCACCACCUUUUUAC